CUUAUAUGCACUCAACACAUUUGACAACUCUUUCAUCUUUCAUCUUCCCUUAAAGUCCUAUAUUUCGGGUAUCAAUAUUUCUUCAAAAUAUAUAUCCCUCGAUCGAUCGAGGCAACACACACAUAUAUAUAUAUAUAUAUGGAGUGUGAGAGAUCAUCGUCGUCCACGUCAUCAGAAACCGGAGCAGUCAGGCACCGUCGUACGUCGUCGUCGUCAGUCUCCACCGUGACGAGACGAAUGUACGAGUGCACUUUCUGCAAAAGAGGUUUCACAAACGCACAAGCUUUAGGUGGUCAUAUGAACAUCCAUCGACGUGACCGUCUCAACAAGGCCAAGGUGCAAAACGAUGCUGACGUGGCACUCUCGCAAACUCAUAGAUGUUUCCACGUGGCGUCUGACCUUGGAGGCUACGAGCAAGUAGACUCCGUCGUGUUGAGGACGACGACCUCGAACUACAUCCAACACUUACGAAUCGGCUCGAUGGCUACAAGGAGAGAAAACGUCGUCGUUGAAGGAAAUGAAAUCGAUUUGGAGCUGCGUCUUGGCUUAUGAUCAUCAACUUCUUACCCUCUAUAGAUGUAUAAUAAUACGUUUUUUUGGUGUAUAUUAUAUGGUUUUCGAGGUUGAUAUAUGUAAUCUAGGAAAGCGUAUAUGAGACUAUAAUAUGUCAAGGUAAGAUAUUUUUGGUGGGUAUUUAUUUAUGCAUGUUUUGUGAUCUAUCUAUGAGAUAUAUAUAAAUCUUUUAUCUUAUAUCAUAUUAUUUUCAUUAUAGUUUUUUUCCAUAACAUAGUGAAAUCUGUCCCAUAAUUAAUUAAUUGUCCAGAUCUUCGCAUUCUAUAU